GCAUCGAGUUCAUCACAGCUCAACAUGUUGCUUCUGCCAUGCAGUUUAAGCGGGCUUCUUCAGCUGCAUUUCACUGAAUGCCUACCAGUUAACUAAGAGGUGAGAGCCACGGCUGCUGAUUCCUAUGUGGCGAGACGCAAUGAGGAGAAGACGCUAUUUGCUUAAUAGAACUGAUGAAGCCCCUGUCAAACAGAAGUCACCCGACUGGCUGUAUGAGUCCUAUUACUGCAUGAGCCAACAGCACCCAUUGAUCAUAUUUCUGCUGCUGAUUGUGAUAGGAACCUGCUUGGCACUGCUGGCUGUCUUCUUGGCUUCAGGGCUGGAUAUUGAAGACCAUGUGGCCUUCCUAAUAACUGUUCCAACAGCUCUGGCUAUAUUCUUUGCAAUAUUUAUUCUGGUCUGUGUGGAGUCACUGUUCAGAAAACUACUACACGUGUUUUCCCUGGUAGUGUGGGCGUGCCUGGUUGCCAUGGGUUACCUCUUCAUGUGUUUCGGUGGAAUCAUUUCUCCGUGGGACCAGGUGUCCUUCUUCUUGUUCAUUAUUUUUGUGGUCUACACCAUGCUGCCCUUCCGUAUGCGAGAUGCCGUGAUUGCCAGUGUGCUGACAUCGUCCUCCCAUACCAUAGUGCUCAGUGUCUACCUGUCAACUACAACUGUCAUAACAGAACAUCUGGUGUGGCAGAUCUUGGCAAAUGUCAUAAUUUUCAUCUGCGGCAAUCUGGCAGGAGCUUAUCACAAGCAUUUGAUGGAGCUGGCUCUACAGCAGACCUAUCAGGACACAUGUAACUGCAUUAAAUCCCGCAUCAAACUGGAGUUUGAAAAGCGACAGCAGGAACGUCUUUUACUUUCCUUGCUCCCUGCACAUAUUGCCAUGGAGAUGAAGGCUGAAAUUAUUCAACGAUUACAGGGGCCGAAGUCUGGUUACUGCCAGUUGGAAAAUACCAACAACUUCCACAAUUUGUAUGUGAAGAGACACACAAAUGUCAGUAUAUUGUACGCUGACAUUGUGGGCUUCACACGCCUGGCCAGUGACUGUUCGCCUGGAGAGCUUGUGCACAUGCUCAAUGAGCUAUUCGGCAAGUUUGAUCAAAUUGCAAAGGAAAAUGACUGUAUGAGAAUCAAGAUUUUAGGGGAUUGCUACUACUGUGUGUCUGGUUUGCCAAUCUCGCUGCCGAAUCAUGCCAAAAACUGUGUGAAAAUGGGCUUGGACAUGUGUGAAGCUAUAAAGAAGGUAAGAGACGCCACAGGAGUUGACAUUAACAUGCGUGUAGGAGUCCAUUCUGGAAAUGUUCUUUGUGGAGUUAUUGGACUGCAAAAGUGGCAAUAUGAUGUCUGGUCACAUGAUGUUACUCUCGCAAAUCAUAUGGAAGCUGGAGGUGUUCCUGGUCGUGUGCACAUCAGUUCCGUCACAAUGGAACAUUUGAAUGGAGCUUAUAAAGUGGAAGAGGGUAAUGGUCAUAUCAGAGAUCCCUAUCUGAAGGAGCACAACAUCGGAACCCACUUAGUGAUUAAUCCAAAGGCAGAGAGGCGUAGCCCGCUGCAUCACUACAGACACAGGCAUGCCGCGGAUGGAGCCAAGAUGAGGGCCUCUGUCCGCAUGACCAGAUACCUGGAGUCCUGGGGAGCAGCCAAACCCUUUGCCCACUUACACCAUCGAGACAGCAUGACAACGGAAAACGGCAAAAUCAACACGGUUGAUGUGCCCAUGGUUCAGUACCAUUUCCAUCGACGCACAGAAAGAACAAAGUCACAAAAAAGGAGAUUUGAAGAGGAAUUAAAUGAAAGAAUGAUUCGAGCCAUUGAUGGAAUUAAUUCACAAAAACAAUGGCUGAAAUCUGAUGAUAUUCAAAGAAUUUCCCUCUUUUUUCAUAAUCAGGAAUUAGAGAAAGAGUACAGAGGAACUACACUUCCUGCCUUCAAGUAUUAUGUCACCUGUGCUUGCCUCAUAUUCUUCUGCAUCUUCAUUGUCCAGAUUCUGGUGUUGCCAAAAACAUCAAUCUUUGGGAUUUCAUUUGGAGUUGCCUUCUUCACAUUGGCCUUUAUCCUCUUUAUCUGUUUUGCCGGACAGCUUUUGCAAUGCAGCAAGAAGACCUCAGCAUCCUUGCUUUGGAUUUUGAAAUCAUCUGAAAUAAUUGCCAACAGGCCUGUGCCCCGCCUCACACUCACGGUGACUGCUACCACAGUAAUAUUGGUCAUGGCAAUGUUUAAUAUGUUUUUUUUGAAGAAUUCAGUGGUUCCUUCCGUCUACAGCAACAAUACAAAUUCCAGCUUAUCAUUUACAAAUGGUCAGGCCCAGUUCAAGCGUAAUGACCACUUCUUCCUGCCUUAUUUUCUGUACAGCUGUAUCCUUGGAUUGAUGUCCUGUUCUGUGUUCCUCCGCAUAAACUAUGAGCUAAAGAUGGUAAUGAUGCUGGUUGCAGUAGUGGUUUAUAAUGUCAUCCUUCUGCAAACCCAUACAUCGCUCUUUGAUGAUUAUAGCAAGAUGCUUUACAGAACUGUACAAAUAAAAAGGCCUGGCGUGCUGAAGGACCUGAAGACAAUGGGCUCCAUCUCUCUUUUUAUCUUCUUCGCAACUCUCCUUGUUUUAGCUAGACAGAAUGAAUAUUACUGUAGGUUAGACUUCCUAUGGAAGAACAAAUUCAAAAGAGAAUGUGAAGAGAUAGAAACCAUGGAAAACCUUAACAGGGUGCUGUUGGAAAAUGUGCUUCCUGCUCAUGUGGCCGAACAUUUCUUGGCUCAAAAUUGGAAAAACGAGGACCUGUACCAUCAGUCAUACGAGUGUGUCUGUGUCAUGUUUGCAUCCAUCCCAGACUUCAAAGAGUUUUAUACGGAGUCAGAUGUGAAUAAAGAAGGCUUGGAGUGCCUACGUUUGCUGAAUGAAAUUAUUGCUGACUUUGAUGAUUUGCUGUCCAAGCCCAAAUUCAGUGGAGUAGAAAAAAUCAAAACCAUUGGAAGCACCUACAUGGCAGCCACUGGGUUAAGUGCUGCCACAGUUCAAGAGUACAGCCAACUCCCAGUGCAUAUUCUAGAGGAGCCUGAUAGACAGUACACGCACAUUGGAACCAUGUUGGAAUUUGGCUUCGCACUCAUGGCAAAACUCGAUGUUAUCAACAGACAUUCUUUUAAUGACUUCAAACUGCGUAUCGGUAUUAACCACGGUCCUGUCAUUGCUGGAGUAAUUGGAGCUCAGAAACCACAGUAUGAUAUCUGGGGAAACGCAGUUAAUGUGGCCAGCAGAAUGGACAGCACAGGAGUCCUUGGCAAAAUACAGGUCACAGAAGAAACCAGUAACGUUCUGCAAACACUGGGAUACAACUGCACAUGCAGGGGAAUAAUAAAUGUCAAAGGGAAAGGCAAGCUGACAACAUAUUUUGUAAAUACAGAAAUAACUCGAUCGCUUUCCCAAGGAAAUCUGGCAACCUGAAAAAUGGAAAGUGCAAUAUCAAUAAUGAAAUGUUGAGUAACAGGAUACUCCUGAAAGAGCAAUUGGAAACAAUUACUACAUUGUAUGUACAUAGAUUGAUUCUGUUCUUAGAUGCACGCAACAUUGAAUAUGUUUGGGAUAUUUACACCUACUUAUAUCUAAACUCUUCAAAAUUAAGAACACUUACACGUGUGGUGGAGAGCUUGACCUGAAAAAUUUCACAAGUCGCAAAGUAUAGGAACAUUGCCAAUAUCUCAGUAAUAGGGUCCAAUAUGCUGGGUGUUAGUGCCUGUUCCAUACUUAGUGACAUGAGGAAUCUUUCACCCCCGUUUGCAUUGAGUGAGCAAAUAAUAAAAAAACAUUAUUUACAAGGACCGGUUUUUACAAGUGUGUCUUGCAUUUAAAAUGCCAUUGUUUUUGUAAUAAUUUAUUCAUUAAAAGUUUGUAUGUACUUUA